GACCAUCAGGUUCUUGGUCGCUUCCCUUACCAAGGCCCUUCUCCCCCGAUUGCUCAGUUUGGUUGGCCGGCCAGCUCAAGGAAGGGUCAUGGUGGUUCCAAACUUCUUCCAAUUAAGAAUGAUGGAGGCCAUUGUGUUCGUGGGGACCUUCAAUGCUGCAGAAAUGUUUUGGUACCCUUCCCCAGAUCUGUGCCUCAACACAAUCCUGUCUCGGACAAUUCCUUCGACCUCAUAGCUUGGUUUUUGCUCUGACAUACACUGUUAACUAUGGGACCUCAUAUAAACAGCUGUAUGCCUUUCCAAAUCAUGUCCAAUCAAUUGAAUUUAGCACAGGUGGACUCCAAUCAAGUUGCAGAAAUACUUCACGGAUGAUCAAUGGAAGCAGUAUUCACCUGGGCUCAAUUUCGAGUGUCAUAGCAAAGGGUCAGAAUACUUAUGUAAAUAAGGCUUUUCUGUUUUUAUUUUUCAUGAUUUUGCAAAAUAGAAAAAUAAAUCAAAACAACCAUCCCACUCCUUCAGUCACAUUCAAAUCACAUCCCUACACAGACUCCGGUGCCUGUUAGGAUGGAACAUUUAGGCCAUUCAGGCCUCACAGAUGCCUGUGAGGACAGAAUAAGCAGCCAAAACAUGCUCAGCAUAUGUGGGAAAUCCUUCAAGACUGUUGGAAAAGCAUUCCAGCUGAAGCUGGUUGUGAGAAUGCCAAGAGUGUGCAAAGCUGUCAUCAAGGCAAAGACAAGAUUGAUGAUGAGUUGGAGAUGACCAUGGUGUGUCACAGGCCUGAGGGUCUGGAGCAGUUGGAGGCCCAGACCAACUUCACCAAGAGAGAGCUACAGAUCCUCUACCGCGGCUUCAAGAAUGAGUGUCCGAGUGGAGUGGUGAAUGAAGAAACAUUUAAACACAUCUACGCCCAGUUCUUCCCCCAUGGAGAUGCCAGCACUUACGCUCAUUAUCUCUUCAAUGCAUUUGACACAACAAACAAUGGAUCCAUUAAGUUUGAGGAGUUUGUAAUGGGACUGUCUACACUGCUGCGGGGCACUAUGAGAGAGAAGCUGGAGUGGACUUUUCAUCUUUACGACAUCAACAACGAUGGAUACAUUAACAGAGAGGAGAUGACUGAGAUUGUGAGGGCCAUUUACGACAUGAUGGGGAAAUAUACCUACCCUGCACUCAAGGGAGAUGUCCCUAAACAGCAUGUGGAUGCUUUUUUCCAGAAAAUGGAUAAAAACAAAGCUGGAGUUGUGACUUUAGAGGAGUUCAUUGUCGCAUGCCAGGAGGAUGAAAUGAUGAUGAGAUCCAUGCAGCUCUUUGAAAAUGUGAUGUAAAAAAGGAGCCGAUGGAAGGAAGGAGAGAAUUAGAUAAUGAGAGAUUGUGUGUGUGUUUCAGUGCAUUCAUGUGAGUGCAUGUGCGCGUGUGCUUGUGCGUGUGUCCACGCAUGUUUGUUUAUCCGUGCGUGUCUGUCAGAGUGGAUGAAUGUGGAUGUGUAUCUAUCUCUCUCAUCCUCUCAUCUAACUUGUCAGCAUUGAUGUGUUUGCCAAAUAAUGUCUCUGCCUGGCUACCUGCCUGGGUAUGGAUCAGACAAAGCCAGAACCGCUGAGAGAACCCUGGACUUGCUAGUCAUAUUGCUGAGCCUGGGAGUAUGCAAACGAAUUCACUGGAAAAUGCUUUCUGCCUUUUUAUGUGACAUAAAGGUUUGUAAAUCAGAUGAUCAUACAAUAUAGACUGCAGUGUGAUACAGCUGAGAACUCAAACUCAUACGCUGCUCCCCGAUUAGGCCUAUGUGGAAACUCCUGAAAGACUCCUGCCCCCUACCUGUCAAACACUGAAACCCUGCCGGGAUACUUUGGGUUCUUUUGACUCCGUUCUUUUUGCCAAAAUAGAUGCAUGCUUGAGCCAGAGGGAUUCCUCCCUCCCUACCAUAGAAAUAGAAUCAUGAUUCUACGUCUAUGCGCCCUACCAACCAUUUGUUUGUCCACUGACUUGGACCUUUAAACUCAUGCAUUCAGUGAUUGAUUUAUCGACAGCUAUGAUCUACAUAUCUGCUUAUUUAUUAAUGUGUUUAUGCGUGAAAAAUAUGAGGUUGUCCUAAUGUAUUAUUUGUUUGUUUUAAGUGUUGUGUGUUUCUGAUUCACUGUUGUCGUGGUGACCUCUGUACCUCUGUUGACUUGGCUGUCGCACUCCUGUCUAUCCUUGUAAUUGUGUCUGUCCCUGACUGAUGCCUGUUCUACUGUAUGCUUAUAAAUACACCUAAUAGACUUGGUUUUUGACUGAUGAUAUAUCCUCUUGUAUGAUGGCUGGAUGUAAAUAAUUCUGGAAAAUGAACAUCUGAGUAAUGGAAUGUGAAUGGUGUUGGUCAUUGGUGUUGUGACUUACUUUUCUGUUGAAAUGUGUAGUGAGGGACACAGGAGUUAAGCUAAACCCCCAAACUCAUCACAGGACAAAACCAACAUUCUUCUAAUGUGAAACAACUAUCAUUUUUCUUCAACGAAUUAUUAAUUUGUGUUGACCCUUGUCAGUUCCUCCUCAGUGUACAAUAUGGCAAAUAGAUACAGUGCAUUCGGAAAGUAUUCAGACACCUUCCCUUUUUCCACAUUUUCUUGUUACAGCCUUAUUCUAAAAUUAAUUAAAUUAUUUAUUUUUCUCGUCAAUCUACACACAAUACCCCAUAAUGACAAAGCAAAAAUAGGUUUCUAGAAAUGUUUUCUAAUUUAUUAAAAAUAAAAAAACAGAAAUACCUUUAUUUACAUAGGUAUUCAGACCCUUUGCUAUGAGACUCGAAAUUGAGCUGAGGUGCAUCCUGUUUCCGAUGAUCAUCCUUGAGAUGUUUCUACAACUUGGAGUCCACCUGUGGUAAAUUCAAUUGAUUGGACAUGAUUUGGAAUGGCACACACCUGUAUAUAAGGUUUCACAGUUGACGGUGUGUGUUAGAGCAAAAACCAAGCCAUGAGGUUGAAGGACUUGUCCGUAUAGCGCAGAGACAAUAUUGUGUUGAGGCACAGAUUUGGGGAAAGGGAACCAAAAAAUGUCUGCAGCAUUGAAGGCCCCCAAGAACACAGUGGCCUCCAUCAUUCUUAAAUGGAAGAAAUUUGGAACUACCAAGACUCUUCCUAGAGUUGGCCACCCAGUCAAACUGAGCAAUUGGGGGAGAAGGGCCUUGGUCAGGGAGGUGUCCAAGAACCCAAUGGUCACUCUGACAGAUCUCUAUAGUUCCUCUGUGGCAAUGGGAGAACCUUCCAGAAGGACAACCAUCUCUCAGCACUCCACCAAUCAGGCCUUUAUUGUAGAGUGGCCAGGCGGAAGCCACUCCUCUGUAAAAUGCACAUGACAGCCUGCUUGGAGUUUGCCAUAAGACACCUAAAGACUCUGAGACCAUGAGAAACAAGAUUCUCUGGUAUUAUGAAACCAAGAUGGAACUCUUUAGCCUGAAUGCCAAGUGUCAAGUCUGGAAGAAACCUGGCACCAUCCCUACGGUGAUGCAUGUUGGUGGCAGUCAUCAGGACCUCAGACUGGAGCGAAGGUUCACCUUCCAUCAGGACAAUGACCAUAAGCACACAGCCAAGACAACGCAGGAGUGGCUUCGGGACAAGUCUCUGAAUGUCCUUGAGUGCCCCAGCCAGAGCCCGGACUUGAACCCAAUCUAACAUCUCUGGAGAGACCUGAAAAUAGCUGUGCAGCGAUGCUCCCCAUCCAACCUGACAGAGCUUGAGAGGAUCUGCACAGAAGAAUGGGACAAACUCCCCAAAUACAGGUGUGCCAAGCUUGUAGCGUCAUACGCAUGAAUACUUGAGUUUGUAAAGUUAAAAAAAUUAGGAAAAAGUGAAGGGGUCUGACUAUUUUACGAAUGCACUGUAGAUGUAUAUUGAUUAUAUUGCAAUUAUUUUUUUCCUCAGGUUUCAAAGGGGUAACUAAUGAUGAAUGAUAAUCAGCGCUUAAAACAAUCUGAAUAUAAAAUGUUACAAAGAGGUGCACCUCAUACAAUACUCUAUCUCUGACUGAUAGAAAGACCAAGAUAGGAGAGAGCUUAAGCUUUCAUGUUCUGUUGUACAUUGUAAAUGCUACCAAUAAAAUGUUUAGAGAAAAUA